CACUCGCAGUCAAUGCCACACAAAUGGCGUUCACUUUUGUGUUGACAUUUUGUGCCAACUUUUGACUCAUUCAGAGAUUUUGUUUAUAUUUUUCGGUCCAUUAAUUGUGGCAUUAAUUAUAAUCACAAUUAAUAUAGAGUUUAAUCUGUGUCUCGCUUUCAUACCAUAACGUACUAUCCAAUCGGGAGAUCAUGGGAUGCGACGGCGGGACUAUACCGAAGAGGGAUGAGUUGGUCCGCACUAAACAGCGUCGGGAACAGACGGACCGUACGGUAGAAUUGGUGGCGAAAUGGCAUUACUGUGCCAUAAGUACGGCCAAACUCGUGGAGCCGAUGGUGUCGUGCGAAUUGGGCCGACUCUACAACAAAGUGGCGGUCAUUGAGUACCUGUUGGACAAGACAUCGACGCCCAACGCCUCCCUCUGUCAACACAUCCGAUCGCUUAAAGACGUAAAGCCACUCAAUUUGACCGUUAAGACCGACUACAACGACAAGAAGCCCGAAAUCGACGGCCAAUACAUAGACACUCAGGACUCGAAGUUUGUCUGUCCGGUCGUCGGCAUUGAAAUGAACGGCAAAUACAAGUUCUGUUACAUCCGUUCGUGCGGUUGUGUGAUGUCUGAGAGGGCCCUCCGAGAGGUGAAGUCCGACACUUGCCAUAAGUGUAACAAAGAGUAUUCGGCGGACGACGUGAUUGUCAUCAACGGUACCGACGAUGAAGUGAAACAACUGGAGAGUCGUAUGAAUGAGCGAAGAGCUAAGACUAAGGACUCGAAAAAGAGCCGCAAACGAAAGGCAACGGAAGUGGAGACCGAUGCCGGUCCUCAGCUCAAGACAAGUGAUACCAAAACGACAGCCUCUUCCUCACCAUCGGUGGCGUCCACAUCG